UCCACAUGCACACACCCGCGGCGGGAGGAGCGGCAUCUCUCUCGCCGUCCUCAUUUCUCCAAUUUAAUUUCCCCCGGCCUCUCGCUUCUUCCUGACUAUUUUUAUUUUGUUUUUCAUCGUAUUCUUCUCAGUACGAUUCUCCGCCGGGCUGCUCCAGCCGGCCGCCGCUGGGAGAGGCUGCGCUGCGCGCCGGGGGCUCCCCGCGGCUCCUCGCAAGGUUGCUGAUACUGUGGCUGCUGUUUACCCACCAGAUCCCAACCAAACACUAACAUUUCAAGAAACAUUUGGAUACGUACGGUUCCUCACCCAAGAUGCCAUUCAAAGCUGGAUUAGAACUGACUGAAUUACAGAAUAUGACUAUCCCUGAAGAUGAUAACAUCAGCAACGAUUCAAAUGAUUUCACAGAGGUGGAAAAUGGCCAGAUAAAUAGCAAGUUUAUUUCGGACCGAGAAAGCAGGAGAAGUCUCACAAACAGCCACUUGGAAAAGAAGAAAUGCGAUGAAUAUAUUCCAGGUACAACUUCUUUGGGAAUGUCUGUCUUCAACCUCAGCAACGCCAUCAUGGGCAGUGGCAUUUUAGGCCUCGCUUUUGCAUUGGCCAACACAGGAAUCUUCCUAUUUUCGCUGCUUUUGGUUUCUGUGACAUUGCUGUCUAUUUAUUCAAUACAUCUCCUGUUGGUGUGUUCAAAGGAAACAGGCUGCAUGGUAUAUGAAAAGCUUGGUGAGCAGGUUUUUGGUACCCCUGGGAAAAUGAUUGUCUUUGGAUCUACAUCUCUUCAAAAUGUUGGAGCAAUGCUGAGCUAUCUCUUCAUAGUAAAAAAUGAGCUGCCUUCUGCCAUAAAGUUUCUAAUGGGAGAAGAAGAAACUUUUUCGGCAUGGUACGUGGAUGGGCGGAUUCUUGUUGUUGCAGUGACGUUUGGUAUCAUCCUCCCUUUAUGUCUCCUUAAGAACUUAGGGUAUCUUGGCUAUACCAGUGGAUUUUCAUUAAGCUGUAUGGUAUUUUUCCUGAUAGUGGUUAUUUACAAGAAGUUUCAAAUUCCCUGUCUCGAACCGGAGCUAAAUACAACAUCACCUAUCCUAUCAAAUAGCUCAGCACAUGAGCAUAUGUGUAAGCCAAAGUAUGUUAUCUUUAAUUCCAAGACUGUGUAUGCUUUGCCAACCAUCGCUUUUGCAUUUGUGUGCCACCCAUCAGUCCUUCCAAUUUACAGCGAACUUAAAGACCGCUCACAGAAAAAAAUGCAGUUGGUUUCAAAUAUCUCAUUUUUUGCCAUGUUUGUGAUGUACUUUAUGACUGCCAUAUUUGGCUAUUUGACUUUCUAUGAAAAUGUGCAGUCAGAUCUGCUUCACAAGUACCAGAGUAAAGAUGACAUCCUCAUCCUGACGGUGCGCUUGGCUGUGAUUGUUGCAGUUAUACUCACAGUGCCAGUGCUGUUUUUCACUGUGCGUUCGUCAUUAUUUGAGCUGGCAAGAAAAACAAAGUUUGACUUAUGCCGUCAUGUUUUGGUUACUUUUGUUCUUUUGGUUAUCAUCAACCUCUUAGUCAUUUUUAUCCCAACCAUGAAGGAUAUUUUUGGAGUCGUAGGGGUCACUUCUGCCAAUAUGCUGAUUUUCAUUCUUCCUUCAUCAUUGUAUUUAAAAAUUACACAUCAGGAUGGAGGAAAAUUUACUCAGAGGAUUUGGGCUUCCCUUUUCUUGGCACUGGGAAUAAUGUUUUCCCUAGUGAGCAUCCCAUUGGUCAUCUACGACUGGGUGCAGUCAGGAGGUAGUACUGAAGGCAGCAACUGAAGUUGACCUUCUGAAAAGGAGACAUGCCUGUUUGCUACACACCAAAAUCGCAACCAUCCAUUCUGUUAUCUAUUCUACCUUUUGUGAGUUUACUCAAAUCAAAUCCAAAUAAUGAUUUUCCAGUACUGAAUAUGCUGUUUUGGGUGUAUUUUCUUGCAGAAAACAGACCCGUUAUUCCAACAGGCAUAUCGUUCUGUCCCACAAUACUGAGUUAUCAGAUCAGCAUAAAUUCUGUAUUGUCUGCAAGACUAUAUAGAGUAUUGCUCAUAGGAAUUCAUCACAAUUUGUUUUUCCACUUCCACCCAUGAACUGCAUUGUUCUGUUAUUAUUCUUAGCCCUUGAACCAUGAGCUCUGCUCCUUUAGAGCAGCAACAUGUGUUAUCAAUUCCAGCUGGAGUGAUUAUCCCAAAUGUCAUCAGUACACUCCCUUUCCCAUUGCGUUUUAACAAAAACUGCUCUCGAAUUGUAUGCAUUGUUUGUUUGUUUGUUUGUUCUGUUGCUGUUUUGUACACCAUUUGCCUCACCAACUAAGUGUAGCAUUCUGGAUAUGGAUACAAAAAGCACCACCAGAGCAUAAAUGAGCGCUGUAUAAACUUAGGUCCUAAAUCUGGUGCUUCUCCUGUAAUGUUGCAGUGGAGGAGCCAGCCUUAGGCUUGGCUCGUUUGUUGCUUUGAGAAGCAGGCGUGUGUGUGUGUGUGUGUGUGUGUGUGUGUGUUUGUGUUUGUGUUUGCAAAGGGGUACAAGGAGCUGGAGUAGGAUGAUCAUCAUCAGCCACCAUUUCCCUGCUAUCUUUCAGUUUGCGCCUGGCCACCAACAGCCAGGAUGCUCAGCAAUGAGCAUCUGCAAUGAGUACCUGAACCUGAAGAGAAGCAGAUGCUCAGAGAUUUCCAUAGGAAGUUUCUGCAUCAAACUGUUCACUAAUGCCCUGCUCUUCCCAGAAAACAAUGGCAGUCUCCAUUUUUAUCAAAACCUGCACAUUUAAUUAUACCUCAUGCCUUUUGCAUUCUUGGAUUCAUCUGUACACACCUAGGGUGACCCUGUAGAGAUUUGGUCCUCUCGUGUUUCACCCCCCUCCCGCUGAAGUCAGCAGGGUUUCUGACUGCAUUUGGAGCAGGAUCUUACCCUACUGAAGAUUUCACCCGCCAGAUUUCUAAUGGAAUUUGAAGUCUGUAGUAUUUCUUUCAAAUAACAUAAACACUUUGCAUUAUUGAAAUGUUUUAUUUACAUUUCACAUCAAUUCUUUAUAACAGUUACGGAAAAGACAUUAAAUUACUACUAGCAGAAACACUGUAACUUGUAUCUGUUGUCCACAGAGUAUUUGCCUAAUGCCUUAUAGCUGGUGUAGAGAACUACUUGUAGAGAUUCAAAUGCUAAGCAGGUGAUAGUUGACCAUACUCAGCAGACAUCUGUUAGUGCACUGCCAGCAGCAUAAUUGUGUUCACUUCGUAUCAUUCAUCCUGUGAGCUAAAAAUGUGUCUGAGUUUUGCUCUCAUAAGAUGAAACUGGCUCCUGAAAAAAACCUGAAGGCUGAGGGAGCCCUAGGUCACAUCCAAGGGCUAAGUAAUGCCCUAAUUUGUAUUGGAGAUGUCAGUGUGCAGUGACCCUCUGGCUCCCACUGUAGCUGUGGGAGGAACCUGUAGUUAACAGCACUGCCUGUGAGUAAACUGUCAUUACAGCUUGUUGUUUCUAAGGUUAGGGAUGGAGAAUUCAGGGUCUUGGGAUUUCUGUGAGCUAUUGAAUUACCUCAGUUCCCCCACUUUGUCCUACAUGGCUUGAAGGCACUGAGAGUUGAGACCACAGAGGGUCUCAGGACCUUGAGAGUUGGUUUCUAAGGGUAACAUACAGAGAGGUUAGUUUGGGGCCUUACUUGGACUUUAGGCAUCAAUGUGUGGAGAGGUCCUUGGAGCAGCCUGACAGCAAGAAGAAAACUGGAAGUCCCCUCUUCAUCAGGGACCACUUUCAUCAGAUGGGCCCUCAUUCACUGUAGACUACAAGUCCAGGUCCUAGUGAAAGUCUAGAGAGAAGAAUCUGUGCUUGCCAUCUCCUCUCAGCUUGUUCCCUGUGUCUUCCAGCUUGAGAUGUCAUUUGUGGCAUCCCUUUUACAGGCACCCACAAAGGCAGCCAUAGCAGGAGGAUGGUUUCUAACUUUGAAUCAGAAAGACGUGUUACUGUGGCUUGUGGAGACAGGACAUGGGGCAAUGGUUUUAAACUAGAAAAGGUUAGAAUUAGAUUGGAAGGAAGUUCUUCAUGAUGAGAUUGGUGAGGCACUGGAACGAGUUACUCAGAGAAGUUGUGGAUGCUCCAUCCCUGGCUUUGUUCAAGAUCAGGUUGGAUGGGGCUUUGAGCAACCUGGCCUAUAGUGGAAGAUAUCCCUGCCCAUGUCAGUGGGGUUGGACCAGAUCAUCUUUAAAGAACCCUUCCAGCCCAAACCAUUUGAUCAUGCUAUUAUUAGCUUGCUGUAAUCACGUGUCAGGAUUCAAGGCAUCUUAUAAUCUCUCUAGAUUUCAUCCCAAUAAACCUAACUCAGACCUGAGAAUACUGUAUAGUGUUAUCCUCAUAAUGCUCCAAGGCCCUUCUGCUUUCAUUCCCCCUUUAUCCUUCUACUACUGAUCUAUGAGCAGUGAUAUUCUGUGCACUGAGGGGCUGUGAAAGAGGAGAUCCUCGAGUGAUUUUCAAACACCCAGGUAGGAUCUAGAGGUCUGAUCUGCUGCACAGAGUCCCAGCAAGGUCACAACUAUGUUUUCCCUUCUGUCCCUUCCCCAUAUUAUGUAAUCUUGUGUACUACACUUUGACUUGAAGAGCUGUUGGAUGACUGAUUGCUUCUUGCAUCUUCCUGAGUCUCCUCCAUGACAAUCCCUCUCCCCCCUCUUUGUUCUUCAGCCUUCUUCCUUUUCCUGGUUUAUUUGUAUACUGGAGUUUUACUGGAUAAAUAGGGAGAAGAAUGAUCUGGGUGUGUGCACAGAGGGAAAUUACCCAAGGUACAGUACCAUCAAAGCAUAUUUUAGAUACUGAAAGACAGGUACCUGAAAUACUGAGUCUUCAAGUAGGCUUUAUUUCUGGGUCUGUGGAAAAAAAAAAAAAAAGAAAAAAAAAAAGAGGGAAUUUUGCUUAGGCUGAUUACUGGCAUCAUAUUUAUAGAUAUUUAUGGAAAGGAAUCAUGUGUUUAUUGAUGUCUGUGGUAAUGAACGUGAAAUAACGUGCUUUUUGUUUUCUCAUCAGGUUUAUACAUUCUUAACAGAAUGCAAUAGACCCUGCUGUAACUGUCAACAUCAGUGAUGGAUGACAAUAUUUGUGUGAGGUUAUCUGUAAAAUGUACUGCUGUUAUUCAGUUCAUUUGGAAUAGUGAACUUGUAGCCAACAAUGUACGAGUCCCACAUUUUAGCUAGGAUUUAAAGAGCACAGUGAAAUGCUGUAGGAGUUUCUCUGUUGUUAAAUUAAUAGGAUCCAGAGUACCCUAUCUGCUUAGUAGGUGGUAGCAUGCUUUCUUUUCAUAGAGAGUUUAUCACUAUCGUGAGCACUGCAAAGUUCAUAGACUGGAUGAAAAAUUGCUCCUAGUAAGUGCAGCAAAAUACUUUAAACUUCUCUUUUAACAACAACAGCUUUAAUAACAACAGUUAUUAACAGUUUUAAUAACAACAGCUGAGUGGUGAGAGACAAGGAAGGAGUAAUUAGGAGCAGGGGCUUCUAGUAAGAUCGCAGGAGCUAAUCCUACACUGAAAAGACAGACUUGCUGCCUCUCCUAAUCCACAGCACAUUGCAAAGAAAUUAGUUUUGAGCUUAAACCACCCUUUCAGUUGCAGAAUACAGCUACUUUUCUCUGGCUGGCAGCAAACAUGCCUAAUAAGUAAAACACAGUGGGUUGUUAUUGGAGAACAGUGUGUUGAAAGUGGAAAUCUCUCUGGGUAAUGCUUGCUCCUGGUCAGAGAGCCAGUGCCAAAUCUGUGCACCAGCACAGGUCUUUAGUAGGGCUCACACAGACCCGAGCAAUGCCCGACCCCUGUGUGGAGCUGGAGGGGGAAGGGCCAGCCCCAUCCUGUGAGGGCAGGGACACCCACCCAUCCUUGAAGGCUGUUGUCCUGAGCUGCAUACAGAUCCAUAGCUUAUGCUCCCUUUGGAACAAGUCAUUUGUGCAAAUGCAGUUCUGAUGUUACAUGGGUUUUGUCUGUACAUCUGCCUUACAAGGCAGAAGCACCACAGGUCUCUCUGAUUCUGAGUAUUAACAAUUGCAAGCAGUGGUAUCUCUAGCUCGUCAUUAAUUUAAUACGUUUCUUUGCUUGAACCUUACAUUAAGGCUAAAGAGCAUCUUGGUCAAAACAAAACUCUUUCCAUGUGGUGUUAUCCCACCUCCAGUCCUAAUGUCUCACCCCGGUGCCUUUAGGAGAGAGGCACAGCAGAAUGUAUUCAGGUCCAUCAGCAGUUCCGUGAGAUGGCUUUAUCUCCUGGUACCAGGCUGCUCGCUUAAACAGCUUGGCAUCAGGAAAGUCCUUAUUUCCUAUAAGGUACACAAAGAAUGUUUUAUUUGUAUCUAAUGUAAGGAUUUCUGUAACAAACUGUGAAAAAAAAAAAAAAAAAAGAAAAGAUAAUGGAUUAUUAAAAAGUACAGGGCUGGAAAGGUCUAGAAUUCACAAAUUGUACACAUGCCUGUGUUUCUGAAGACAAAUCUAUGCAGUUGUGUUUUACUGUAGGAAAUUUCGUUUUUAUGUACAUAUAUAUAUUGUAAAUAAAUAGGAUGCUGUAUAUUUUUGCAGUUGUUUAUCCCCUAUGAUAUAUAAGUGUUGAGAUAGGCUCUGCAUAUUAAGAAUAAUUUUAAUAGAAAUACAAGUGCUUUAGCUUCAGACUUAGCAAAAUCUAUAUCUUUUCCUUUCUUCCAAGAGUUGGCAAUUUAAAUCCUGAACUUGAAAUUAUAAUUACAUUGCUAAUGUAAAAACAGCAAACCAAAAAAAAAAAAAAGAAAAAAAAAAAAAGAAAAACCAGAAAAGGUCCAAUGAAAUUGCUAGGCCUAAUUGCAGCACAUCUCCCCGGUUUCUCCAUAGCAAGUCUUUCCUAGCACAGAGGGCACAUUUAGUGCCCACAGUUCCUGAGCUGAGGUCAGGUGGCAGCAGCACGCUGACACAGCCUUAUGCAGAAAGCAGAGUAAGCUGCAGCCUGCAACCUGCCCUAACGUUAUGUCACUUUGGUUUUCAGGCAUAGGUAUCUAUAUUCCGUGGAAGACAACUAGUACAGAUAGAAGUCAGACAAGGACUUGUGCACUUCCUUUUCAGCCAGCAAAAACGUAGUUGAGACAUGAAGUAUCACAUACCAGGGUAGGUGACAAUCACAGCAACUGGUGCAGUUUUAGCCUGUGUCCCGCAGCUCCCCACCACGGCCUCAGGCAUCUGCUAUCUGUGACCACACGAGCACCUCCUGUGCUGGGAGAUAUCAGCCGCACAGGGAUGGCUUUGUAUGUAUGAUGAAGCAGACACCAGCAUUUUGUUCGGGGGAUGGCUGCGUGUCUGGGGUGCAGGGGUGGAAGGGAACCACAGUUGUGUAAGUCCUGAGACUGCCUCCACAGGAGUGCAGCCUUGGUGCUGCAGGCAUAGAGUCUCACUAGUAAAACAUGGAAAUGUGUUUUUCAGGAUUGAUGGAAAGCAGAGCUUGAGACGUGCCUCUAAAAAUAAUUGUAUUCUUUCCAUGCUUAGUUUAUUAUCUUGGAUGAAAAUGAAACUUGAAAUAGCAUUUGCUUUCACCGUGAGCACAAAUUUGAGGAAAAAAUUACAUGCAGUCACUUCUAUGGAGCUUUUCAAAUUAAUAGUACGUUUUGUUUUCACUGUUACAGCCAACAAAAUACAAACUGUAAAGGUAUAUUUCCACAAGACUUGAACUUGUUUAUAGAAAUCUGUUUAUAGCAUCCCAAGGUACGCUAAGGCUCACCCAAACCCAGUGUUAACAAUACAGUUUGAGUGAUGUACAUUCAAUACGAGCUCAUCUCUAAUAGAUUGUUCAAGUGAGUGAUUGGUAACAUUUUGCUCCUGCUAUCAUCAUCAUACUUUGUGCUCUUCAUGUUCAAAUAAAUGAUGCAGUUUUCAGUUUCAGUGUGUAAAUAAACUAAAAAAAAAAAAAAAAUGUAUUAUGUUCUGUAAUCUCUCUGUUACCUCUAUAGUUUUUGAACAUUAAAAUUGUGAUCUCAGCUAA